UAAACGCUGACUUUUGAACGGAUCGGGCGUGUUUGUCUCAGAAAGUGGAUUAUGCGGAGUUGUGCGUGCCGAGUUAACAUCUUUAUCCAACUUUGAAUGCUUCCGGACCACACUUUCGGUAAUCUGAACUUUGUGAGAAGAUGGAUAACAAGGAGGAAUCGAAGCGGAGCUCUGCCAGUGUUCUCACCUGGGAGCAGGUGAGCAGGCUGCAUGAGGUUCUGACGGAGGUGGUGCCCGUUCACGGACGAGGGAACUUUCCCACCUUGGACGUGCAGCUGAGCGACAUCGUUGUCCGGGUGCGCUCCCGGCUGGAGCAGAGCGGCAUCUGGGUGAAGGACAUCCGCCUCAAUGGCUCCACAGCCAGCCACGUGCUGGUGCAGGACAUCGGCUGGAGCUACAAGGAUCUGGACGUGAUCUUCAGGGUGGACCUGCCAACCGAAACUGAAUUCAGGCUCAUUAAGGAUGUUGUGCUGGGGAUUCUGUUGGACUUCCUGCCCGAAGGUGUGAACAAGGAGAAGAUUACACCCAUGACCCUCAAAGAGGUUUAUGUCCAAAAGCUGGUGAAGGUCAACACAGAGCAGGACCGCUGGAGCCUCAUCUCUCUCUCGAACAACAACGGCCGCAACGUGGAGCUGAAGUUUGUGGACUCAAUACGGCGGCAGUUUGAGUUCAGUGUGGACUCCUUUCAGAUCGUGCUGGACUCUAUGCUCUCUCACUACGAGCAGGCCCAGUCGCCCAUGUCGCAGGCCUCUCACCCCACCGUCAGCGGGGAGAGCAUAUACGGGGACUUCAGCGCCGCACUGCACCACCUCCGCAACAAGCUCAUCGCCACCAAACGACCCGAGGAGAUCCGUGGUGGCGGCCUGCUGAAGUACUGCAACCUGCUGGUGCGGGACUUUCAGCCGGCCGAUCAGGAGGAGUUCAAGGCCCUGGAGAGGUACAUGUGCUCGCGCUUCUUCAUUGACUUUCCUGACAUAGGGGAGCAGCAGCGCAAGGUGGAGGCCUACCUCCAGAGCCACUUCAUCGGUGAGGACAAGAGCAAGUACGAGUACCUGCAGAUUCUGCGGAAGGUGGUCAACGAGAGCACGGUGUGCCUCAUGGGCCACGAGCGAAGACAGACCCUCCAGCUGCUCUCGCUGAUGGCCGUGAGGGUCCUGGCAGAGCUGAGCGCCAUCCCGGAUGCUUCCUGCGUGACCUGCUACUACCAGCCGGCACCGUACGUCCGCGACCACAACUUCAGCAACUACUAUGUGGCCAACCAGAACAUUCCAACAUGGCUGCCGUGUAACUGACAGAACAUGAGUCUGACGUGACGAGAACAUGAAGCUGCUGCUUCUGAGGAGACUAAAGAAGAAUAGAUGAGAAUAGCAACUAAAAAAUAAAUAAAAAAACUUAAAAAUGUAACAGUGGCAAUAAAUGUAAGAGUUCUCGUGAAGGCACCGUUGCAGUGGACAGGUGUCCUCUCUCAUUCCUCAUCUGCAGACGAGUCCACGUGGUUGAAUAGGAAGUGAUUUAUUUUUUUAAAGCCUGUUUAGUUUUUGGAUUUUGUUCACGGCUUUAAUCUUAAUGGAGAUGUCAGUGCCUUAAAGUGCACGUGCAUGUGCACGUCCUCCACAGCUUCAGUACGGACUAUAAUUUGGGAGAGGAAGAACGGGGAGAUGAUGCUUUAAAUUUGGUUUCCUUCAUAUUUAAGUGAAAAGUCAGAGAAAAUGUGAAAACGUAUUGAAGAAGUGCUGGUUUGGGCUAACUGGGCUAACUGGGGAUUUCAUGUUUGUCUGCUGAACAGAGUUUGAUCUCCAGAGUUUGUGAGGACAUCACUUUAUUUUAAUUCACUUUGACAUUUAAAUGUCUCACAUUUAAUGUGCCUGAUAGCUGUAAACGGGACUGUUUGUUUUUUCUUUGAACUUUCCAUUGAGGAGCCCCCCCCCCCCAUCCCCUGUAAACCAGCUCAGACUGGGUGGGGGUAGAAACGGCCCGUCGGUCAGUCUGCCGUGCUUU